GUACACAAGGGAUUUAUUCUUUAACAUUAUAUUGAAACUACUGAUAAGUUACUACUGAAGUAAAGUUUUUUUCUGAUAAAUCAGAGAUGUCUUUCAAAAAUGAAGGGCUAAAAGGAAUUAUAAGAAAAGAAGACGAAGAUGAUGACAAUGAAGUUGUACUCAGUGACGUUACCGUAAAAUUUCACAUGAACAAAUCUCAAAUAGUAACCCAUGCAUAUCCCAACAUUUAUACUGUCGGAGAAAUGAAAACGGAUAUAUCAAAAAAGUUUCAAGUUGCAUCAAAAUUUCUUGUUUUGAGACAUUUAAAUAGCAUGAAACCAUUCGAUGAUGAGCAAUCUUUAUACGAUAUCUGCGAUAACGAAUACGGCAUUAUUGACGUGGAUCUUAAGUUAACCGAAAACGCCGACGAAGAAAACGUAAAACUGGAACCACAUGUCUAUUACAAUAACUUUAAUUUGCCGGAUAUAAUAACGGUUCGGGUACCUGCUAUUGACACUAAGGAGGGAUCUACUACUCGAGACCUUGUUGUGGAAAUUGAAAAUCAUGCCAUAAAUAAGCCUUUCGUUGGUGGUUUCAUUGAUAAGUCCAGAAAAAUCGAGUUCCACGACGCUUUCACUCAGACUGGCCCUCCCUUCGAAAGAAUCAAAUUUAACGGAAUCCUUAGCCGUGACACGCAAACUGUAGAUGAAAAAGCAAUUGAAGUUGCAACACCCCGCGAACGUGCUACUAUGAGUUACGGAGAUGCUACUGAGCUAUCAUACGCAAGUAAAUGCGCGGACCGAUUUAUCGUACCGGGGAAUUAUGAAAGCUACGAGGAUACGACAAAACGAAUUGAUGUUGUAGGAAAGGUCACUCUCAUCCAGCGCAAUUUUCGACGAUAUAUGUGGCAGAAAUUAAUAACAAAAAGCUCAGCCGAAUGGAGGCGUAUUCAGAAUGAGCAGAAGCUACGCGAAAGCAAGCGUACAGAGGCACGACAAAACGAGCGUAAAAACAAUUGUAUAAUAAAAACCUUUCCAAAGACAAGACAAGACUUCGACGCUUUGUACGCGCAAGUGCAGAUGUGGAAAGAAAAUGAAAUAAAAAAGAUCAACGAAAAAUAUUCAGGUGUCGCAAAAAUCGCUGAAUUGAACUUGUUACUAGAUAAAGAAGUUCAAUUACUAAAUGGAAUUGAACGACAACGACAGAUGUUACAAUACGAAGCGAAGAAAGUUUAUAGCGAAAAACUUUUACGAAAAUUUGGCGAACCAGUGAAAUGGGUAGGAUAUAAUAACUUGAUCAUUCAAAUGGAUACUCUCAGAAAUCAGCGAGUGCGCCAUUUGGCUCACUAUUACAAAAAAUUAGCGAAUGAAACACACGACGUUCAUACACGAGUCACAAUACUCAACCGUGUCUCGGAUAUUAGUGCCAAAGAAGAUCAUCCAUUUGUGAGUGAGCUGGAAGCAUUGCUACAACGCGAAAGACAGCUAUUGAUUUGUAAUGUUAAAGACGCAGGACUGGAUUUACUACGGGAACGACAGUUGAAACUGUUUAUGGAUAUUAUUAUUGGUGAUACUAAAAACGCACCUACUGAAAAACCUGACACACGUUUAUGCAAAAAAUGCAAUAAGGUACGGCAAACUAGUAAAUUUCCCCUCGACACAAGACAGACAUCGGCCAGUAUUUGUAAUCGGUGCGCUGGCCUUCAAGGUCCGCCAGUUGAUAUAGCUGUUUAUCGAUCAAUCUUACGAUCCAUAAGACGAGAAGAAAAGAAGCGAGGAUCAAUAUCAUCAUUUGCAUUCAUCAUUCAAGACAACGAUAUCAAACAUAUAGUAGAAAAUAUCUGGCAUGGCCAUUCAGCGAUAUCGAAUGAAACGAACCAAUCGGAACUCCGACUACCCAGAUGGAACAUUGCAGAAGACUGGGCACCGUGGAAUUGCAUUUGCCUUACCGAGAGUGAAUCUAGAGCACAUUUGAAAAUUUUGAAUGUUGCCAAUUACUACGAGGCAAGCAUUAUUAAAGGCAUCAAGAACAAGCAUGCACUUUCAAAAUCAGCAUUUAAACAACUACGUGAGAUCGACCAAGUUUUUGUUGAAUCCGGUUCUUGGUGGAAAACCGGGUUAGAUGAAACGAUACCAAAAAUUAUGUAA